CAGUCUACUACCUACCUAAUCAGUAAAAGACUUACAGUUCGUCACAAUGGGUGCAGCCGGGCAGUCAUCCUCUGAGGGGUCUGACGUCAGCAUUAAUGUCAAGGCCCUUCCUCCCCCGGCGGCUGCUCCCGCGCCGACUACCGUGCUUGUUCAAGUCAACGCAGCUCUCACACCCGCCGAGUGCUACUGGAAGCUGGUGGAGGCCGGAACCGCUAAGAUGAAGUAUAGCUGGUUCAAGCUGGCCGUGGGAGGCAUCCUCGCUGGCAUGUACGUGUCCUUCGGCUUCACCUUCUGCUGCUGCGCCAUUGGCCUGUUGGGCAACACGAUCUAUGGUGCCCUGGCCUUCCCUGUUGGUUUGCUUCUGAUUAUUCUGUGCGGCGCCGAGCUCUACACUGGAAACACCUGCUACAUGUUCACUGCUAACAUUGAGCGCAAGGCUGCGCUAUGGCACCAUCUGAAGAUCUGCUUCUCUGCUUGGUUCUGGAACUUCGUCGGCGCCCUCAUCAUGGUUCAGCUAGAGAAAGCCGCCCAGAUCUGGGCCCAUCGCGAGGACUGGGUUCACGACAUUGCCUUCAAAAAGAUGUCUCUUGAGUGGCACGCCGUACUGGUCCGCGCCAUCUUUGCCAACUGGCUGGUCAACCUCGCCGUGUACCAGGCUCUGGCUGCUCGCGAUGUUGUCGGCAAGGCCAUCGGCUGCUGGACCCCCAUCACCACCUUCGUCGCUAUCGGCCUGGAGCAUUGCAUUGCCAACCAGUGGCUGAUCCCCAUGUCCAUCUACCUUGACCCCACCACCAAGCACCCCGUCAGCAUCACCUGGAGGAACUUUGUUGCCAAGAACCUGAUCCCCGCCACCAUUGGCAACUGGAUCGGCGGUGCUAUCAUGGUUGGCCUGCUCAAUGCCGCCUUCCACGGCACUAAGAUCAACGAGUGGAAGGACAGCGCCUACGAGGUCACUCUUGGCAAGGUGAUGAAGAAGGUGGAGGACCCCCUCGAGACCCUAGUGGACCUGUCAGCCCCCGUGUGCCUAAACAGGCCCACUGAGCCGAAGCACUAAGUGAUUGCACAUGUGCGUGUUUGCUGUGUUUGAGCGGAUUCAGCUCGUGGUCGCGGUUGCUAUCACGUAUCGAUAUAGGACGCUUGCAGGCCGGGCUCGUUCCUUGGCUUGAGGUUUCCUAAUUCAUGAAUUGGGUAAUGUAUUGCUUGGGACAUGAGGAGAGGGACACAUGAGGGAGAAAUACGAGGAGAGGGACACAUGGGGAGAAGUCUGGACCACGUGAUAUUGCUGGUUGCAUUUGUUGGGGGGUUGCUGGAGGGGCGUGCCUGUGCACUCGUGGCAUAUGGCUUUGCGCUUUCUUGGCCUUAUUAAGAAUAAUGUCUCGGUGUGCACUGCUCGUCAAACGAUCUUUAUUAUACGCAGUUGAGGCUCGAGUGACUUGGGUUUCAAGUUGUAGGCUAAACGAGGCUGCUUCAACGGAGUUUCAUGGUCGCGGUUCACCUGCCGGGUGGUUGGCGGCGGUUUAGUCACCUGGGGUUCCUCCUUUGUACACCACACGACACUACUGUGUUACUGGUGUCUGCAGGUCGCCGCGUGUCUUGUCCUGCAAUGGUUGGGUGUUUGCGGCGUAUCCUACUUCGGUGAAGUGCAUGUGUAUUUGUUUCAUCUGCGGCUGUUGGUGCCCAGAAUCGAUGUCGUAUAUUACCCAAUCGGACACAAGAGUUUGGGUCUAGGUUUGAUGUUUGCUCUCAGGCACAUCCUCCCUAGGUUGCCGUGCUGUCAGGUGGCUGUUGUCAGCAACAUAUCACGGCGUUCAAUAGGCCACGAGGGAGCAUCUGUAUCUACCCUAGCCACUGACUGACUGGCUUGUGGCGAUUUUGCGAGGAUGAGGUCGGGUUAGUUGGGAAACGGGUUCAUGGGCAGUUAGAUGCACAUAGUUCGUGUAGCGUUUCUUGCGCGCGAUAACAUGAGCUAUGACGCGAUGACGUGGGGUGAAUGAUAAGUGGCUACAAUCGGGAUCGUGACAGGACACGAAUGCUUGUACGAAUGUACUCGCAAAUGUGACAACCAAGUUCGAAUCCAAUUCCCUCGUUUAUUGGGAUUGCGGGCGACCUGUGGGUCACAGGCGUAUGCAGACUACGUUCCUUGUAAUAUAUUGCUCCGAAUUCCUAUUACCAUUCAAUACUUUAGCAAAAUGCUUGCAUCUUACUGGAUAUAUGGUGCCGGCAAGAAGUGUACUGCCAGAUCCACCAAGCUGGAAUUGUACUAUACCGUACAUGUACGGCAGAGGUCAUAUCUACUACUGCAGGGAGAGAGAUAUAGCAAGAGAGAUAGUGAUGUAUUAGGAUUAGAUAGCAACCCUGGGUGUUAAGGACGGACACUCGGUGGCCCUUUUUUCAGGCGUGUGAGGCCAGUACUGUAUCAACGACAGCCUCGUGCUUGGAAAGUUAAGGUAAGAUUACAGUGCGGUGGGGGGGCGGCAGCAACAACAGCUGAUGCGU